CUGGGCGCGCAAUUUGGCUGGAGCGCUUUAAAAAAGGAGCGUGCGAGCGGAGAUGCUGCUGCACACAGCUCAGACCGCCUGCAGCAGCAACAACGCUUACGGCCAGCCACUGCGGCGACUGCAGCGAGAGUCCCGAGGCCGGCGUGGCCACAGCGCGCUGCGCGGUCCCCACCGGAGCUCCGACCCGGCAGACGCCCGCCUAGCUGCAGAAGCCACCGGGGUUACAGACGCCCCGGUGAACUGCAGAAGCCCGUGGAGAGGCUCCCGGCGCGCCUCGGUCUGCAUCAGCCCCGGCGCUGCCCUCUACAGGCUUCCGGCUCGCAGCUCCCAGCCUCGGGCACCAUGGACACCUCCCGCGUCCGCAGCAUGCUCCUGUCCUUGCCGGCGCUGCUGCAGCUGGUAGCCGCCGGCAGCCCGCCGAGGCCGGACACGCUGCCGCGGGGCUGCCCGUCACACUGUCAGUGUGACCUGGAUGGCAGGAUGCUGCUCAGGGUGGACUGCUCGGACCUGGGGCUCUCCGAGCUGCCCUCCAACCUCAGCGUCUUCACCUCCUACCUGGACCUCAGCAUGAACAACAUCAGUCAGCUGCCCCCCAGUCUCCUACACAGCCUCCGCUUCCUAGAAGAGCUACGUCUUGCUGGAAAUGCUUUGACACACAUUCCCAAGGGAGCAUUCACAGGCCUUCACAGUCUUAAAGUUCUUAUGCUGCAGAAUAAUCAACUGAAACAGGUCCCCUCGGAAGCCCUGCAGAACUUGCGAAGUCUCCAAUCCCUGCGUCUGGAUGCCAACCACAUCAGCUACGUGCCACCCAGCUGCUUCAGUGGCCUGCACUCCCUGAGGCACCUGUGGCUGGAUGACAACGCCCUGACGGAAGUCCCUGUCCAGGCUUUCAGAAGUUUAUCAGCACUGCAAGCCAUGACCUUGGCCCUGAACAAAAUACACCAUCUACCAGACCUUGCCUUUGGAAACCUCUCCAGCCUGGUGGUGCUGCAUCUCCAUAACAAUAGAAUCCACUCCCUGGGAAAGAAAUGCUUUGAUGGGCUCCACAGCCUGGAGACUCUAGAUUUAAAUUAUAAUAACCUUGAUGAAUUCCCCACUGCAAUCAAGACGCUCUCCAACCUUAAAGAACUAGGAUUCCACAGCAACAACAUCAGGUCGAUACCUGAGAAAGCAUUCAUAGGCAACCCUUCCCUUAUCACAAUACAUUUCUAUGACAAUCCCAUCCAAUUUGUUGGAAUAUCUGCUUUUCAACAUUUACCUGAACUAAGAACCCUGACUUUGAAUGGUGCCUCACAAAUUACUGAAUUUCCUGAUUUAACUGGAACUGGCAACCUGGAAAGUCUGACUUUAACUGGAGCAAAGAUCUCAUCUCUUCCCCAAACCGUCUGUGAUCAGUUACCUAAUCUCCAAGUGCUAGAUUUGUCUUACAACCUGCUCGAAGAUUUACCCAGUUUGUCAGGCUGCCAAAAACUUCAGAAAAUCGACCUGCGGCAUAACAACAUCUGUGAAGUUAAAGGUGGCACGUUCCAGCAGUUAUUUAACCUCCGAUCUCUGAACUUAGCUUGGAAUAAAAUUGCCAUGAUUCACCCCAGUGCAUUUUCUACAUUGCCAUCUCUAAUUAAGCUGGACCUAUCAUCCAACCUCCUGUCGUCUUUCCCUGUAACUGGGUUACAUGGUUUGACUCACUUAAAAUUAACAGGAAAUCGUGCCUUACAGAGCCUGAUACCAUCUGCAAACUUCCCAGAGCUCAAGAUUAUUGAAAUGCCCUAUGCUUACCAGUGUUGUGCAUUUGGAGUGUGUGAGAAUGUCUAUAAGAUUUCCAAUCCAUGGAAUAAAGGUGGUAACAGCAGUGUGGACGACCUUCAUAAGAAAGAUGCUGGGCUAUUUCAAGUUCAAGAUGAGCGAGAUCUUGAAGAUUUCCUGCUGGACUUCGAGGAAGACCUGAAAGCCCUUCAUUCUGUGCAGUGUUCGCCUUCUCCAGGUCCCUUCAAGCCCUGUGACCACCUAUUCGGUAGCUGGCCGAUCAGAAUCGGAGUGUGGAUCAUAGCAGUGCUGGCGCUUUCCUGUAAUGCCUUGGUGGUGUCAACCGUGUUCAGAACCACUCUGUGCAUCUCCUCCAUAAAACUCCUAAUUGGGGUCAUUGCGGUGGUGAACAUGAUCAUGGGGGUCUCCAGUGCUGUGCUGGCCAUUGUGGACACAUUCACGUUUGGUAGUUUUGCGCAACACGGUGCGUGGUGGGAAGAUGGAAUCGGUUGCCAAAUUGUUGGUUUCCUGUCCAUGUUUGCUUCAGAAUCGUCUGUUUUCCUGCUCACUCUGGCAGCCCUGGAACGUGGUUUUUCCGUCAAAUGCUCUUCAAAGUUUGAAACGAAAACUCCCCUUUCUAGCCUGAAGGUGAUCGUUCUGCUGUGUGUCCUGUUAGCCCUGACCAUUGCCACUGUCCCCUUGCUGGGAGGCAGUGAGUAUAAUGCCUCCCCACUCUGCCUGCCCUUGCCCUUUGGGGAGCCCAGCACCACGGGCUACAUGGUGGCUCUCGUCUUGCUCAACUCCCUCUGUUUCCUCAUAAUGACCAUUGCGUACACCAAGCUCUACUGCAAUUUGGACAAAGGGGACCUGGAGAAUCUUUGGGACUGUUCUAUGGUGAAACACAUUGCCUUGUUGCUCUUCACCAACUGUAUCCUUUACUGCCCCGUGGCUUUCCUAUCCUUCUCCUCUUUGCUAAACCUCACGUUUAUCAGUCCUGAAGUAAUUAAGUUCAUACUCCUAGUGAUUGUCCCACUGCCUGCAUGUCUCAAUCCCCUUCUCUAUAUCGUCUUCAACCCCCAUUUUAAGGAGGAUAUGGGCAGCCUAGGAAAGCAAACCCAUUUCUGGACGAGAUCAAAGCACCCAAGUCUGCUGUCCAUUAACUCUGAUGAUGUUGAAAAACGAUCCUGCGACUCAACCCAAGCCUUGGUAGCCUUUACGCAUGCCAGCAUAGCCUAUGACUUGCCUUCCAAUUCUGGGUCAUCACCAGCUUAUCCAAUGACAGAAAGCUGUCACCUUUCUUCAGUAGCCUUUGUCCCAUGCCUCUAGGUAAUCUGUGAGGGCAACGUUUUCAAAAAUUGGAAACCUGCAAGAAGAUUUGUAUCAGAGCAGUAGCUAAGAAGAGCUGAGCUGAAACCUGGCUUACAAUACAAGUAAACAUCUAUAAGUUAGUAUGGGAAAGCGAAUGCCUUACUGAUACUUGAGAGCGAUGUAUAAGUCUAAACACUGCUUGUAUAAACUUGUUCAGCUGUCCAUCACGUUACUUAGAUGAGCCUAGAUCUGAAAAGCAGAUGAAAUGCUCUUCAAAAAAUAAACUCUCUAGUUUUAAUUGUGUGAUCUUCAAACUCACCAGCAUAAUCACUGGUAGUGAAGGAUUCAUUGAAGGACACCAUGAGUAUAUUUAAAUUGACAAAUUCCUCAGAAGAGGGUUAAUAUUAUAAGGCGAUAUAAGAAUUUUUUAAAAUGGGCUACAUUGCCCACAGGAUUUCAUUUUAAUGGCCAUGUGGAGACAUUUAUGUCCUUUUGUCAGAAAGGGUCUUUCCAUGAUGCUAGUUUCUUGGAUGAAUAAUUUGAGACAUUUUUUAACUCAUUCAUACAUAAAUUUAAGAUACUGGGUUUUAUAAAUAAGCACUCAGUGCUUCCUCCCUUGGUGAACUAGAACUGGCUACACAUUUUUUGAAGGGAAAAUUAACUUGUUCCUAAAGCGAUCAUGUACAGGUAAAAUUUGACUUACCUGAUUCAUUUUUAAGUUCCUGGUGUCCAAAGCUCAGAAAGUCCAUUGCCAGCAGUGAGCCUACCUAGUAAGCAAGUGUGGGAUUUCUAUUUGUUUCUGAGUGGGAGCAUGCUUUGGGGGAGAUGUUUUGUCAUUGCCUCAAAUGGUUGUGCAUUGUAAGAUGCUCUAAGGUAGGCAGGACAUACAUCCACUGAGUAACCUCACACACCUAUCUCUAUUGGCUCCAGCAACAUGCCUCGUGACACUUUGGACUCAACAGAAGUGUGCAAAAGUAUCAGUCUUUCUGUUUAGCUUGGUUUUAGCUGUGUCCCUUUUGGAUCAACCACCUGAUAUAAAGAACAUGACUUCUCUGCUUACUCCGUAUUAACACGGGUGUUAGUGUUUUCAUCCAAAUUAUUAAAAUUUGAAAAGUGAAAGGGUUUAUUCGUAACUUCCAUGAUCCUACAUUAGCUUCAUGGCACCCAAACAAAAAGGCUGUUGGGUAGAUUUAUUUUUAUAUAAGCAUGUUUUAUUUUGAUCAGAUGUUUUAAUGUGGAAUUUUUUUUUUAAAAAAAUAAUACAUUUAUGAGAUGUUUUAUAAGAUGUGUACAUAUAGAAUUGUAUUUAUUACUACAGUAAAGGUACAGUGACAUAAAAGAACGUGAUAAUAAACCAUGUACAGUGACAUAUUCUUCCAAAUAUAUUGUUUCUCUGCCCAUUUUCUUUAAGUGCAUUAAUUGUAUAUAAUAUAUGUAAAUACAUAGUGCUUGUAAAUAGACUCAAAAUUUGCUUUUCUACUGGGCACAAAAUAAAUUUUUAAUAAAAUGUGCAACUUGCAA